AUGGCAGACCCUAACAAUGUGUCGCAAUACAAAUACUCGGCGAUGUCGAACCUGGUUCUCCAGGCCGACCGUCGUUUUAUCUCCCGCCGCACGGAUGAGAAUACCGGCGACCCCGAGUCUCUGGCUGGGAGACUGAACAUCCGUGACAUGGGUUCGCGGGUCGCUCGAGAUCAGGUGCCGAAGCAGAAAAAGAUUGCGCCAGGGUUACAAGGUGUCGAACGAGGCUCGAUACGGGAGGGUGAAGAUGUCUUGGAGCGAGAGCAGAGGAAGCGGAAGAGGGGUGAGCCUGCCCAACCUCGAGGUGCCGGCGUCCUGUCUGCUGGCGAUGCAUUGAUCGAAGGGCUCAAGUAUCGUCCUAGGACCCCCGCCACCCGGGCGACUUACGAUUUACUGCUCACCGUGACUGCAAAUGCACUUGGAGAUGUCUCACAGGAAAUCGUCCGAAGCGCAGCCGAUGCCAUCCUCGAGUAUCUGAAAGACGAAAAUAUGAAAGACCUCGACAAAAAGAAAGAGAUCGAUGACAUCGUUGGGAUUACAAUGACCCCGAAGCAAUUCAAUGAGUUGGUUAAUCUUGGCAAAAAAAUAACAGAUUAUGAUGCGCAAGACGAGGACGACAAUAUGGCAGACGGUGCCGGAGCCGACGAAGCCGAACUUGACGAACGCCAGGGCGUCGCAGUCGUCUUUGACGAGGAUGAAGAUGUAGAUGAAGACGGCAUUGGGCGGACAUACGAAGUUCGAGACGAAGAUGACGAGGACUCUGAUGAAGAGGCCGACAUCCAGGACCAGCCAAGUCUUGAAGAAUCCGCGUCAGCUGGCGGAGCAGCCGCCCCCGAUCUUGACGCGGACGAAGAUGAGGACGCCGAGCUGAUCAUAGACAGCGGCCUUGGUGACUCGGUUCGGAGAAAGCGAGAAGACUCCGACUUUAUUCCCAUCGACGAAAUCGAUGCUUAUUGGCUUCAACGGCAGAUCGGCUCGGUGUAUUCUGACGCAGUGAUUCAGCAGCAGAAAACUCGAGAUGCACUCCAGAUCCUGUCUGGCAAGUCUCUUGAGGGUGAAGAAAUAUCCCUUCGCGACAUCGAAAAUGACUUGAUGGACUUGUUUGAUUAUGAACAUCCUGACAUGGUGGGGAAAUUCGUUGCCAACAGAGAUAGGAUUGUGUGGGCGACUAGGUGGCGCAGAGCCGCAGAGGAUGACGACGCUCGACACCUCGUGGAGAGCGAAAUGGUCGAGGCAGGUCAUCGAGCCAUUUUGGACGAACUGUUAGGCAAAUCAGAUCGGAGUGGAGAGGAGCCAAGACCGGCGAAGAAGAUGAAGCUGGAUCUGAUGGACAUCGACAUUCCCAAAGGACAGGAAGAGCAAGAAAAGAAAAAGGACGGUGGUCUUUCUGGUGGCCUACAACCACAACGCGUCAUCAAUCUUGACAACCUCGUCUUCGAGCAGGGAAAUCAUCUUAUGACGAAUCCGAAGGUCGUUCUUCCACAAGGCUCCACGAAGCGAACGUUCAAGGGCUAUGAAGAAAUCCAUGUGCCGCCCCCCAAACCAAAACGAGACCCUGGCGAGAAGAAUAUUCCUACCACCGAGCUUCCUGAUUGGGCAAGGCAAGGCUUUGGUUCUGCGAAGGAGCUGAAUCGGAUUCAGUCGAAAUGCUUCCCCUCUGCUUUCCAUGAUGAUGGCAACAUGCUCAUUUGUGCCCCGACGGGAUCCGGCAAGACGAAUGUUGCGAUGCUGACGAUUCUGCGUGAGAUUGGCAAGCAUAGAAAUCCAGACACAGGCGAGAUCAUGUUGGACGACUUUAAGAUCAUCUACAUUGCGCCUUUGAAGGCUUUGGUGCAGGAACAAGUAGGCAAUUUCGGGAAGCGACUUGAGGUGUAUGGGAUCCGGGUCUCUGAGCUCACGGGAGAUCGGCAGCUCACAAAACAACAAAUUGCGGACACUCAGGUCAUUGUAACAACACCAGAAAAGUGGGAUGUCAUAACACGAAAAGCAACUGAUCAAAGCUACACUCGACUGGUUCGGCUCAUCGUCAUCGACGAAAUCCAUCUCCUGCACGACGACCGGGGCCCAGUCAUCGAAAGUAUCGUCAGUCGGACUAUCCGGAAGAUUGAACAGACUGGUGAACCUGUGCGGAUUGUGGGCCUGAGUGCAACGCUUCCCAAUUAUCGAGAUGUGGCCACUUUUUUGCGAGUCGACCCUGAAAAGGGUCUUUUCCACUUCGAUGGAUCCUUCAGACCCUGCCCUCUUCGGCAGGAAUUUAUUGGCGUGACCGACAAGAAAGCCAUCAAGCAACUCAAGACGAUGAACGAUAUCUGCUACGCCAAAGCCAUCGAGCAUGCAGGGACCAAUCAACAACAAAUGUUGAUCUUUGUUCACUCUCGCAAGGAAACUGCCAAAACCGCCAAAUAUAUCCGUGACAAGGCUGUUGAGCUGGAAACAAUUGGCCAGAUCAUGCGAACUGAUGCAGCUAGCAGAUCCGUCCUGCAGGAGGAAGCUGAAGCAGUUAACGAUGCCAACCUGAAAGACCUGUUGCCCUAUGGGUUCGGAAUCCAUCAUGCUGGAAUGGGAGUUGCUGAUAGGACAUCCGUCCAGGAUCUGUUCGCCGAUGGCUAUCUCAGAGUCCUGGUCUGUACCGCAACCCUUGCUUGGGGUGUCAACUUGCCUGCCCACACGGUCGUCAUUAAAGGUACUCAGGUUUACUCCCCUGAAAAGGGAAGCUGGGUCGAAUUGAGUCCACAAGAUGUCCUCCAGAUGCUUGGUCGGGCGGGUCGUCCACAGUUUGACUCAUAUGGUGAAGGGAUCAUCAUCACAUCUCAGGCAGAGAUUCAGUACUACCUAUCAUUGAUGAACCAGCAAUUGCCUAUUGAGAGCCAAUUGAUGGGCAAACUUGCCGACAACCUCAACGCAGAAAUCGUCCUCGGAAACAUCCGCACCCGCGACGAGGGGGUUGAAUGGCUCGGCUACACUUAUCUAUUCGUUCGAAUGAUACGCUCACCAGGCCUCUACAGUGUAGGUGCAGACUACGGCGAUGAUGAGGCCUUGGAACAAAAGCGUGUUGACCUCAUCCAUUCCGCUGCCAUUGUUCUUGAGAAGGCAGGACUUGUCAAGUACGAGAAAAAGACCGGAAAGCUGCAAGCUACCGACCUCGGCCGUAUUGCUUCGCACUACUACAUAACACAUAAUUCGAUGCUGACCUACAACCACCAUCUCCAACCGUCUAUUGGCACAAUCGAGCUCUUCCGAAUUUUUGCUCUCAGUGAUGAAUUCAAAUACAUCCCUGUCCGACAAGACGAGAAGCUCGAGUUGGCGAAGCUGCUGGGCAGAGUACCGAUUCCUGUCAAGGAAGGGAUGGAUGAGCCUCAAGCUAAAAUCAACGUACUUCUACAGGCAUUUAUCUCUCGACUAAAGCUGGAGGGGUUGGCGUUGAUGGCUGAUCUAGUCUACGUCACACAAUCAGCAGGGCGAAUCAUCAGAGCAAUGUUCGAAAUAUGUAUGAAAAAGGGCUGGGCUGGGGUGGCAAAGACUGCUUUGGAUCUCUGCAAAAUGGCCGAGAAGCGAAUGUGGCCUACGAUGACUCCAUUAAGGCAAUUCCCAAUGUGUCCCAGAGAAUACAUUCAGAAAGCAGAGCGUAUGGAAGUCCCCUGGUCCAGCUAUUUCGACCUUGAUCCGCCCCGCAUGGGGGAGCUGAUUGGUCUUCCAAAAGCUGGACGAGUUGUGUGCGACCUUGUUGCCAAAUUUCCACGGUUAGAGGUUCAAGCGCAAGUGCAGCCGAUUACCAGAUCGCUGCUCCGUGUCGAGCUCACUAUUACUCCCAACUUUGUAUGGGAUGAAGCACUGCAUGGAACUGCUGAGUCGUUCUGGAUCGUUGUGGAAGACUGUGACGGGGAGGAAAUCUUGUUCCACGACCAAUUCAUCCUACGCCGGGAGUAUGCGGAGGGUGACAUGUCAGAACACUUGGUCGACUUCACUGUUCCUAUCAGCGAACCUAUUCCACCCAAUUACUUCAUUUCACUGAUAUCGGAUCGAUGGAUGCACUCUGAGACUCGAAUCCCCGUCUCGUUCCAGAAGUUGAUCCUACCUGAGAGAUUUCCUCCUCACACCCCACUUCUAGACCUGCAGCCUGUGCCUGUCCAGGCAUUGAAGGUCAAAGACUACGUCGGGCUUUAUCCCAAGUGGGACCGGUUUAAUAAGAUCCAAACUCAAGUCUUCAAAUCCCUGUACGACAGCAAUGACAGCGUCUUUGUGGGAGCACCAACGGGAAGCGGAAAGACGGUAUGUGCCGAAUUCGCUCUUCUACGACAUUGGAAGAACCUGGACGCCGGCAAAGCAGUUUACGUCGCUCCCUUCCAAGAGCUGGUCGAUGCCCGUUAUGCUGACUGGAACGAACGAUUGAGCCCUCUCGGUGGCGGAAAGAGCAUCUCAACUCUGACGGGUGAAAUCACGGCGGAUCUGCGAAUCUUGGAAAGAUCUGACCUCGUUUUAGCGACUCCUACUCAAUGGGAUGUCUUGUCCAGACAAUGGCAGCGCCGAAAGAACGUGCAGAACGUUGAGUUAUUCAUUGCCGACGAACUUCAUAUGAUUGGUGGCGAAAAUGGCGCCGUCUAUGAAGUUGUGGUUUCCAGGAUGCAGUACAUUCAUAUCCAGCUGGAGAACAAUAUGAGGAUUGUUGGCUUGAGCGUACCGCUAUCCAACGCGCGGGACGUGGGUGAGUGGCUUGGUGCCAAUAAACAUACAAUCUACAACUUCAGCCCCAUGACACGACCAAUCGGUUUGCAGUUGCACAUCCAGUCAUUCACUAUCCCCCAUUUCCCGUCUCUGAUGAUGGCAAUGGCCCGUCCAACAUACCAAUCUAUUGUGCAGCUAUCUCCAGACAAGCCGGCCAUCGUCUUCGUUCCUGGAAGGAAACAAGUUCGGGCUACGGCUCUUGACAUUUUGCUAGCAUGUAUCAUGGACGAUGACGAUGAAAGAUUCCUACACACUGAUGUGAAUGAACUCAAACCUUUCCUGGAGCGAAUUAAUGAACGAGCAUUGGCGGAGUCCUUGACACAUGGCAUUGGGUACUAUCAUGAGGCGCUAUCGACCAGUGACAAGAGAAUUGUCUCUCACCUGUUCAAGAUUGGCGCUAUACAAGUGAUGCUUGCCUCCCGCGAAGUGUGUUGGGAAAUUCCUUUCACAGCCCACCUUGUCAUCAUUAUGGGCACGCAAUACUUUUUGGGUCGCGAACACCGCUAUGUUGAUUAUCAGAUCAGCGAGAUCCUGCAGAUGUUUGGUCGGGCGUGCCGGCCUAGUGAAGACGAUAUCGGCAAGGGCGUGCUCAUGGUGUCGGCCGUGAAGCGCGAAUACUACAAAAAGUUCCUCAACGAGGCAUUGCCCAUAGAAAGCCACCUGCAGCUCUGGCUCCAUGACGCAUUCGUCACCGAGAUCAGCACGAAGACAAUCGCAUCCACGCAAGACGCAGUCGAUUGGACCACAUACACAUACUUCUACCGUCGUCUUCUGGCGAAUCCGAGCUACUACGGCCUUAACGACACGUCCCACGAUGGCCUUAGCACGCACCUUUCGGAGCUUGUUGAAGCCACGUUGAAGGAACUCUCUGAAGCCAAGAUCAUCGACCUGGACGAAGAAGACGAUUCUGUGUCCCCAUUGAACCCAGCCAUGAUUGCCGCGUACUAUAACAUCUCCUUCAUUACUAUGCAGACCUUCCUGCUUUCUCUGACAGCUCGCACAAAACUCAAGGGCCUCCUCGAAAUUGUCACGUCUGCCACGGAGUUUGAGUCUAUCCAACUCCGCCGCCAUGAAGACCACAUCCUCCGCCGCAUCUACGAUCGCGUCCCGGUAAAAAUGUCUGAGCCGAUCUACGAUUCUCCACACUUCAAAGCCAUGGUACUAUUACAGGCACAUUUUUCAAGAAUGCAAUUACCCAUCGACCUCGCCAAAGAUCAAGAAGUCAUAGUCUCAAAAACCCUCGCGUUACUCUCCGCUUGUGUUGAUGUGCUGAGUUCGGAGGGCCAUCUCAACGCUAUGAACGCCAUGGAAAUGUCACAGAUGGUUGUGCAGGCCAUGUGGGACCGCGACUCCCCGCUACUGCAGAUCCCACACUUCGACUCUCAUAUUGUGGACGUCCUCGCCAAGCAGGGUAUAAAGGAUAUCGACGAUUUCAUGACAGCAAUGGAUCCCUCGGAGAAUCCUGAUCAGGCGAAGCUCGUGCAGAUGAUGGGACUGAGCAAUCGACAACUUGUGGAGGCGGCAAACUUCACGAACAACAAAUAUCCCAGCCUCGAACUAGAGUUUGAUGUCGAGAAUAAGGAGGAAGUUACUGCAGGCCAGCCGGCCUAUCUGUCUAUCCGGAUCUCGAGGGAAGCAGAUGACGAAGACGAAGACGAGGAUGAGGAAGGCAAAGGCGGUGCUGAACAGGAGAUUGAUAUCACAGUCCAUGCUCCCUUCUAUCCGCUCCGUAAGCUCGAAAACUGGUGGCUCGUUGUGGCCGAAGAGAAGACAAAGUCCCUCCUGGCCAUCAAGCGCGUCACGAUCGCGAGGAAGCAUUUUGGCACCAAAUUGGAGUAUGUCGUUCCGACCGCCGGCAAGAAGGACCUGACCUUGUUCCUCAUGUGCGACUCCUACGUCGGAGUCGACCAGAGCAUGGCGUUCAGUGUGGAUGUCAAGGAGGGAGAGGAGGACGAGGAGGACGAGGAAGAAGACGAAGAUGAGGAAAUGCAGGAUGGUGGAGAGUAA